UCAACCAAAAAAGUUCGCACAAAUGGCGAAGGAAAUUAAGCAAAAAAAAUGGGAAGGUAAAGACACCGUUGAGAUAAGAGGCGUGGAUGGGGAAAUAGUGUGGCACGUGUUAGAGGAUUUUUGUAACCUUCACAAAUGGAUUCCAAUAGAUACAUGUUACAAAAUUGGGGGAAUUGAAGGUCAACCUGGUCUAAUCCGUUAUUGUGCUUCCGCAAAAAAAGGUGUCACUAAAGAUGCUGAGCCAACAAUUAAGUGGUUCAAAGAGAAGUUGUUGAAAAUUGAUCCCAUCCAACGUUGUUUGUCCUAUGAAAUUGUCGAUAACAACAUGGGAUUUAAGAAUUAUGUAGCUAUAAUGAAAGUAUUGCCAUUGCAAAUCAACGGUGGUGAUGAUGGUAAAAGUGAAGGGUGCAUGAUUGAAUGGUCGUGUGUUUGUGAUCCAAUUGAAGGGUGGAGUUUGCAAGAUUUGAAUAAUUACAUUGGGUCUUUUCUCAAGAGCUUGGGAAAUAAGAUUCAACUUGCAUACUCUUAUUCACCUAGUAAAAUUUAGUGGAGCGCCAAAACCAUAGCCUCUUCUAUCUAUAAUAUCUAUCUUCAUGUGAUAUCAUAAACAAAUAAUGUCUUACAAAUAUAAUAAGAAAUUUACACAUGUCAAAAGCGUCCAUAUGUUGUUUCUAUCUCUCAUUCAUUUUGUGUAAUUUCUUAAUUUUUGUUAGUGUUGUACUGUGACUCUUACUCUUUCUAUCUCAAUAUGAAUUUGGGCAUUUGUCUUUUUUAAU